CCAACUAAAUGUAUUAACUAGGUACAUUUUAGAAGUCUUUAUGACAAAAUUAAUAUGAAAUUUUGUACACUAGCAUUAAUUAAAUAAUUUAAUACUUUAUUCUUAUUAAUUUAAAUUAUUUAUAAGCUUAUCGCAUCUAAAAUAUUCAACCACGUUAUUUAUAAUUAUGAACAUUAUAACUAUAAUAUUUUUUUCCUUCGUGUCCACGACAUGUGCUCUUCCACCAGCCACCGAUUAUCGAGCAACUUUUAUUCAAAUUAGCUUUGAUACAGAACCAAUUUGGUCGUUUUUAAGAUACAUGAUAGGAAUUAAUGAAUUUCUUGAAGCUGAAGAUGAUCACAGCAUAUUCUCUGCAUAUUCCAUUAGUCAUGGUGUUGACAUGUUUUUAAUGAACGAUCGUACAUACUUAAAUCCGGACGAAGUAAUAAUUGAAAAUCUACCUGAAGUAGCAAGAAAAUAUGAUAAGAAUUUACCACUUAAAGUACUCAUUAACGGAUGGAGUUCGGACAAUAAUGUAUUAAAGGACAUUCUUAUACCAGCUUACAUGGAGACAAGACAAAAUAAAGUCAACAUUUUGUUAGUGGACUGGACUGCAUUGGACCAAGAACACUAUUAUCCGAAAUCGUCAUUGGUGACAGGGGUGGUGGGUGAAAUGGUAGCUGAUAUGCUUAUUACAAUGGUAAGAAUAGGUAUGGUAAAAGUAGACGACAUCCACAUAAUUGGAUAUAGUAUGGGAGCCCAUAUUGCCGCUAUAAUAGGGGAAAAACUUAAGACUAGCCAAGGAGAACCAACAGUGGGCAGAAUAACUGGUAUUGAUCCUAUUACUCCAUGUGUUGAAAAUUCGUCGGUAGUAGACAAUUGCUUAAACAAAUCACGUGCACGGUUUGUUGAUGUUGUGCAAACAUUUACCGAGUACGAACAAGGCAAUCCUAUUGGAACAGCCGACUUUUACUUAAAAAUAAGUCCAGAUAAAGAUGAAGAUUCAAAUAAAUCGAAACAUACUAAUGAAAUCAAAAACGUUCAACUAUUUUCGAAUUCUAUCAGAAAUAGCAAUGUCUUAACAUGCUGUAUGUGGGAUGAUUUUUCGGAAAGUCUUUGCGGUCUUAGCAAACCUGUCAUUAUGGGAGAACAUUUAAAUAAAAUGAACCAAGGAAAAUAUUAUUGUCAUGACUCAGAAAGAAUUUAUAAAAAAAUUGAAAUGUAAGUAGGUAUUAUUAAAAGGUGCAAUAUUUAAAAUAUUGUUUAAAUUUGUUGUGUAUAUUUUAACAAUAAAAUAUAUAACUCCUUUUAUUUAACACAAAAAUAAUUAUUAUUUAAAUAGUUGAUACUUAAAGAUGAAAAUCUGUAAUCACCAACAAUUAUUUUGACUGGUGAUAGAAUUAAAUAAUUAUGUUAAUUUAACAUUAAAUCGGAUUAAAACACAAAAAACGGUUUAAACUAUUUAAUAAAUAUGAUAUUUCAAUUUAA